AUGAGAUAUAAUAUCGCAACGAAGCAUAACAAGGUCGGGUGCCACUUCAAAGAUCGACAACUGUCGGAAUGGCAACUCGACUCACUUGAUCCACUGUCACCAGUCUACGCCCGGUCCCGCAGUGAACGCGCCAGGGCGCCAGCACCUAUUGAGCACAACGGACGCGUCUACGACUUGGUUGGGGUGAGCUCUUACCACGAGCUCUUCUUACGGGAUCAGUGCGCUCUGCAUUUAGACAUACGCAUUGAGUGCUUCCCAGGCCGCGUCGCCACUUUUGACGAUGUGGUCUGGCAAGUCGACCAUCUCGAAGCUAUUGUUGAUCCACUGGACUUUACCAAACCGCCUUCACGUGUUCUUCACCUCACGAGAUACUCAAAUAAAAUACAGAUACAUAAAGUCGUUAAUGAGCCGGAUAAUUUACAGGCUAUCUUUCCCAGUCCGAAAGGCGAGCACACGCUGGGCCCUAUAAAACAUGGCAUCGUCCGCAUGAUCCCAACAGCAUCUCGACAAAGAGUCCACAAGCCUUUGACGCCAGGACAAAAGUUUGAGGCGCGAUUGCGAGGUCGUGAGCUCUUGGGACCGUUCCAAAUCGAAGCAAGGAAUAACGGGCAAUUAGUAGCCCGGCACGUCUUGGAUGGAUCUUAUCUCUUGAAAUUCAGCGUCCAGCCUCAAGAGAUAGCGCCGUCCUAUGUCAGAGUCAACUGUCCAGACUUUGGCGCCUGCUACGACAUCGAUGCUUUUCUCUACUGCGAGGACAAACUUCGGUGCCGAGCAACAAGCGUCAAAGCCAUGAGGCUGCCGACAAACGACUGCGACUCCAUGUUUGGCACUCUCUCAUGUGGCAGGGUCCCUCUCCUCACAAACGGAUUGGACCAUCUGGUUGCGUUUGAAAGGUUUAUCAGAGAUUGCAUGGCCCUCGAUGUUCGUACGCGCAAACCACGAAGAUUGACGAUUCUGAACCUUUCGAUGUGCGACCAAGGCGACGCCAAAAUUGUAAUUGACGCUCUGAUCGAGUUUCGCAAACGGAACCCCGAUGCCAUCAUGUCCGCGGUGGUAUCCAAGCUGGGGCCGACUAUCUACCAAGAUACGCCGGCUUACCACGACUACAUUAAACUCCUUGAAGACCAUCAAAUCCAUAUUGACAUGUUCACUGGUGUCGACGGUCCGACCCGGCAAGUCGUUCACGCCAAAGCCAUUGUUAUCGACGACAGAGCUCUUUUCAGCACCGGCGCCAUCGUUGAUACUAAGCCUAUCAACAAAGCCGACUUCUCAAUCGAGCUUCCUCCCGCUGCAGCCAAAGCUUUCCAAGUCUACAUGCAAGAAGCUAUCCUCGGCGGGGUAAACAACGAGCGUCGCGCUCAUCUUGCUGCAAAACUAGCAAACCUCGGCGUGAUAAUCAACGACCCCAUCGCCAGUCUAACCUACAUCAGUCGCGCACAGCACACGCUGCUUCGCGGGGCCAGACGCGAUCUCCUCGUCAGCGUCUCUGAGCUGGUCGAUCCCAAAAUCACCAAACUUCUCGUACGCCGCGCCGCAAACGGCGUCACGGUAACAAUACAGGUACGUGAGAUAGAUGCAUUGUCGAGCAAGAUCCUUGCGCAGGCAAUGCGCCGCUAUGGAAAACGGAUUUCUGUCGAAGACGUGAGCUGGUGGGAGCCGAGACCGCACUACAAUGCUAUCAUUGCGGAUGGGAGUCUUGCGUAUCUUGGAACAUCCUAUUUCUGGCCGACGCAGAGGAAUAUGAUUCAUCAGGGCCGGUCGCUUGAAAAUGGUGUCUUGCUUGAGGGGGAAGCUGUGAGAGUGUUGAGGGAGCAUUUGGAUGAGCUGCGGGAGCGGGCGCAUGGUGUUGAUGGUAGUGACGAGUCAACUUGA